GGCGCUACCUGAAUAAUGGGUGCUUCACUGAAGAAAUUUUAUGGGUAAAAGAGUCUCCUAAGGAGGGCGAGGAACAUCUUACUCAAAUUGAUAGCGGAGGGUCAGGUUUUGGCCUGACUUUGGGACUUGAACCUUUAUGGAAUACGAUAUGA